AUGGCAGAUCCUACUACAAGUAGUGCGUCGAUGGGAGCAGCCCCAGUGCCAGCCAAGAGGCCCACAGUGAUAAUAUGUAUAGGAAUGGCAGGCUCAGGAAAGACGACUCUGAUGCAGCGACUCAAUUCCUAUUUGCAUUCGCAGAAAAAGUCAGUCUACAUCAUCAAUCUGGAUCCGGCAGUCACCCAUGUGCCAUUCGGCUGCAAUAUAGACAUUAGAGAUACCGUAAACUAUAAACAAGUCAUGAAACAAUACAACUUGGGACCUAACGGAGCCAUCCUAACAUCACUCAACCUAUUCACUACUAAAUUCGAUCAAGUUCUUACUCUCAUUGAGAAGAAGGCACCAACUUUGGAUUACAUAUUACUGGAUACUCCUGGCCAGAUUGAAAUCUUUACAUGGUCUGCAUCAGGAUCCAUCAUAACAGACACACUCGCAGCAACCUUUCCAACUGUGGUGUGCUAUAUAGUCGACACCCCGCGAUCAUCCGCUCCAGCCACAUUCAUGAGCAACAUGUUGUACGCAUGCAGUAUACUAUACAAGACAAAGCUCCCUCUCAUGCUUGCAUUCAACAAGACGGAUGUCGUAUCUCAUCAGUUUGCUGUCGAUUGGAUGGAAAGCUAUGAGGUGUUUUCUGCUGCUCUGAAGGAUGAUGGAAGCUUUAUGGAUAGUUAUAUACAGUCUAUGGCUCUGGUGCUUGAUGAGUUCUAUCAGCAUCUACGUAGUGCGGGUGUAUCUGCCGUUACUGGUGCUGGCAUGAAGGAAUACUUUGACGCAGUAGAUGAUGCUGUCAAGGAAUACGACACAGACUACAAACCUGAAAUGGAACGCUCAAUGCAACGACGAAAAAAUGCAGAGCAAGCUGGUAUACAAGACAAUCUAGCUAAAGUCAUGAAGGAGAUGCAAAUCAACAAGAAUGGACAUCCACCUCGUCGAGUGUUCAAAGCACGCAAGGACUCAGAUGAUGAGGAUGAGGAGGGUGCUGAUGAAGACAGGGAGAUGGAUGAUGAAUUUGACUAUGAUAUGACGGACGUCAACAACAUUCCUGAUGUAGAUCCUCGUGAAAAAGCUGAAGAGAACUCGAUACGUCGCAUGACUCUUGGACAUAAAUAA